CCCCGCGACUCCAGUAAUACACACUCGCCAUGAGCCGAUACAGCAGAAUACUUUGGUUACUAGCAUAUAGCAUAUUCAUUUUUAUUACCAAUUUAAAGAGUGAUAGUUAUGGGCGAAAAUUGAACGUACUGCUAAUUGUAGCAGAUGAUUUGCGUACCACUUUAUCCUGCUAUGGCGAUACAUUUAUGAAAACUCCGAAUCUAGACAGUCUUGCCAGUCGUUCUGUGCUUUUCUCUACUGUUGCUUCACAACAAGCUGUGUGUGCUCCAAGUCGAACGUCAUUCCUCACAAGCAGAAGACCAGAUACUACAAAGUUAUACUCCAACAAAAAUGCUUUUUACUGGAGGGAUAAAGUUGGUAACUUUACGACUCUCCCUCAGUAUUUCAAAGAGUCUGGAUACUUCACGGCAUCUGUUGGUAAAAUCUUUCAUCCUGGGAGAUCUUCUAAUAAUACUUCAGAUUAUCCCUAUAGCUGGUCAACCCCGCCCUACAUCCCAUCGACCYUCAAAUAUGAUAAUGCAGAGGUUUGUCUCAAUGACGAUGGUACAUUGCAUACCAAUUUGAUUUGCCCUGUUGAGGUCGCUCAUCAACCGGAGGGAACCUUACCAGACAUCCAGAGCACCCGUCAUGCACUACAGCUUCUGCAACAACUUUCUUCACAACCUAGAACUCCAUUUUUCCUGGCCGUUGGCUUCUACAAGCCACAUAUAUCAUUCAAAUACCCAAAAGAAUUUCUUGAUUUGUAUCCACUCACUGAAGUUCCAAGCGUUUCGGAUCCUUUCUUGCCCUUGUUUAUGCCGACAGUAGCCUAUGAACCGUGGACAGACAUAAGAUGGAGAGAAGACGUUGCUGCAUUGAAUCUCAGCUUUCCUUAUGGUCCUAUUCCUAAAUCAUUUGCUCUAAAAAUUCGCCAAAACUACUUCGCGGCCACUAGCUAUAUCGAUACUCUUAUCGGCCAAUUACUUAAUGGUAUUAAAGAACAUGGGUUUGGUGAUGACACUGUGGUUCUUGUAACUGGUGAUCAUGGCUGGGCCCUCGGUGAACAUGAUGAAUGGUGUAAAUACAGCAAUUUUCGGGUAGCAACUAAUGUUCCUCUCAUCAUACAUGUCCCAGGCCUAACCGACAUAAAGAGACCACAGAUCGGCUCAAAAAGAAUCGUGAUUGAUAAACUCGUUGAAUUAGUCGACAUAAUGCCGUCUUUAGCCGAGAUCUGUGGAUUGAAAAAAGUAGAACGAUGUCCAAAAGAUUCAUCAAAACGCUUAACCUGCACUGAGGGUUUGAGUUUUUACCCACUUCUUAAAGAUCACUCGUUACCAUGGAAAAAAGCCAUUUUCAGUCAGUAUCCUAGACCAUCAACGAUUCCAACAAUAAAAACUUGUUUACCAAGACCACAAGAUAUAACGAUCAUGGGUUACUCAAUGCAGACAGCUAUGCAUCGAUAUACAGAGUGGAUUGAGUUUGACCCUCAAACCCAGCAAGGCAACUGGUCCAACGUGCAGGCAAGAGAACUCUACAUUACCAAACAAGAAGACAAGAAUGUAGCCAAUAUUCCAGGGUUUGCCGAAAUUGUAAAAGAGCUGUCAGCUCAACUUAGAAAAGGCUGGAUUGGAGCUUUACCAGAUGCAAAAUGCUAAGAAGACAAUCCUCCAGUAGAUGGAAUGUCACAAUUUAACCCCAGUCAUACAAAUGUCUGUAUAUUUGCCAAUUUUCAAGUUAAUCAUUUUCGGUUGAUGUAUCACCUAACAUGAUAAAUCUUUAUGAGGUCAAGGUGCUCCCAAGUUCUAGUGCUGGUAUAGAUUUUCCACUCAGUUUAAUUUUUAACUCAUUUGAAUUUGCGGUCGCCAUUUUGGUAAAGGUAUUUWAAAAAAACAUCAUUUAAAUUGUUGAGGGCGGCGUAACCAGGAAUUUUUCAGUGAGGCGGGGGUCCAAACGCUUUCCGUUUCACGACACUCACUUUUAUCUUCCCAUUUAAAAUAAAUUUCUACAGAAACUACUUCAAAUCAAACUUGUGGCAAAACUAAAUUUUAGGAUACAACCAUCAAUUAAACUUCAGGACCCGGUUGUACGAAGGGUGCAAGGAUAGCUUUAUCCGACGGAUAAAUCGGCAGCAAAAUAGCUCUUUCUAUGUAGCAUAUUAUGUAGAUAUAAGUUAUAUAGAUAAGUACAUGAGUAUAUCCCUGUAGGUAUAUGAGUAGUAAGAGCUACUUUGGUGCCUUGCAAUACCAAGUAAGAGCCGAUAAAUCCUUAUCCAGUGGAUAAGUUGAUACUGUUAUCCAAUAAAUUUAUAGCGUUAUACACCCUUUGUACAACGGGGCCCAGGUGUAACCCUCCCCCCGGAUCAGCCACUGCUUUUGACAUGCUGCAACUACAAUUUACAUGAAAAUUGUCAUUUAACCACACUAGUUACACUACCUCUCAGUCUAGAACCACUAAUGGUCCAUCUGUUAACCCACACGAUGCAUGUAGAUAUGUCUAARAUUUCAGUUUUAAAUUAUUAGAAAUGCAGUGCACAGAUUUGAUUUCAGGUCGCUAAUCAGGAGCAAAUGGGGAAAAUUGGAAGUUAGUUAUAUGUUUAACUCAGUACUUCUUUAUCUGAGCAGGUUUAUCGUCUACUUUUAUUUAAAAACAAAAUAAAUUCACAUUUUCAACAUAAAUAUGAUAAUUUAAAUAACAAAUAUCCUAGCUAUUUCUAGACACUAAAGUAUGGAAUAUUUCAAAAUAACUUAAAGAUAUUGAUGGCAAACCGCUUUUCGUAAUUUUAAUAUAAAUGAUAUGUAUAUAUAACCAAUUGUUAUUAAGACAGUGUUAGUAACUUCAAUAUGAAAUUCCUUUGAAGGCAACUUUUAUAAAAAGAUUUGUGGUCAAUUAUCGGGAAAAGUAAGUCAUUAAUGAUAUUAAUAAAGUAGGCAAGAUAUUUUGGUAGUAUAAUAAACCAAGGAAUUACCUAUUAUACACAAAUUUAGUUUACCAAUGUUUACUAAUUUGAGGUGGUUUUGCUUAGCCUGAGAUGUAGGCAAUCUGUCGGUGACUCGUGGGGCCGAAUACCGAUUGACUCAUAGACCACGAGGGAAAGGAUCUAAAUGCUUUAUUAUGAACCUGAGGAUCUGUCAAAUAAAUGGAUACAAAUACCUUUGAAAUUAAAUUGAAAUAACUUUA